AAAUUUAGAGAGUAAAAUUGUUGAGGAAGGAAAGAGUAAAAAAAAAAAAAAAGAAAGAAAAAAGAAAACUCCAUUGACACCAAAAGGUACAAAUCCGAUUAAAAAAAGAAGCUUCAUGGUUGGCACAGUUUGCCAAGCUAUUGUCCCACAAGAAGAGAGAGAGAAAGCGAGUAUGGGCCAUUUUACAAACAACUCCAACACAAGACGUGGAGAUGGCUACAGAACCACUGCUGCACGCCCAUCAACCACUUUCUUUUCUUUUUUUCCUCCAAAAAUAAAAUUAAAGAUGAAAAAAUCACUUGGGUAGAUGGGGAAAUUUAAAAACUAAAUUUUUUUAUUUUUUUUUUUUAAAAAGGGAUUUUUUCAAAGAAGGAAAGAGAGUCAUCCUCGAGAAAAGCCAACACCGAUUCCAACCCCACGAGAAGAGAGGAAGAGAAGGAGAGGGAAAAGAAAAAGGAGAGCAGAAUAAUAAGGGCCAACAGGGGGCGUCUCUCUCUUGGACUGAUUCCUUUCAAUCGCAUCUCCCCCAUUCUCUUUCUUCUAUUUUAAUUACCAUUCAAAACCAAAAUAACUAUUUUUUUCUUCUUCAUUUCUACACAUCCAAUUUUCAUUUCAUUUAAUUUAAUUAAGGGUAGGGUAGGUGACAAAAAAUGGUGAACAAGGCAACCAAAAUGGUGGUGAAGAAGAUGGAGAUGAAACUGCUGCUGCCCUCUUACCAGACAUAAAUUCAUUCCCCCCCCCUCUUCUUUUCUUCUUUUCCCUUUCUUUCUUUCUUUACGAAACUCUCUCACUCUUACACUUUCACCAUCUUCCUUCUCUUUCAUGCUAGCUUUUAUUAUCAUUGCUUUCCUAUCUUUCAUUCCCAAUCUUCUUCACAUUGUUCCAUAAACAAACCCACCUUCUUCUUCUUUUAAACUUCUUCAAAUAACCCUUUUUUUCUCCCAUGGCUGUUCAAGCUCAAUACCCUUCUAAUGUUUUGCUAUUGAACAGGAAUGGUCAAGAAGGACAUGAUUAUUCAUUACAGCAACAACCAGGAGGUUUUAUUCUUGACCAGACUCAUAUGGUGUUCAACAAUAAUAUAGGGAGCAAUUCUCGGAAGAGAGGAAGAGAAAUCGCAACUGCGACUCCGAUUAAUCUAUCUGCAUUACAGCAGCCUCGUCCUCUUCUUGUUGACCUAGCCAAGCUCCAUAACCACCAAAACAAUGUCGUCUCCACCGGCCUCCGUCUAUCCUCCGGUGAUCAUCAACAGAAUCAUCCGCCGCAACAGCAACAGCAACAGCAGCAGCAACAACAUAAUCACAACCACAAUCUCGUUCGUCAAUCAUCAUCAUCGGCUUUCUUACCGCUAUUAACAGACGAUUUCGCCUCAAAUUUCAAACGGCAACAAGACGAAAUAGACCAAUUCCUUCAAGCACAGGAAGAGCAACUACGGCGCACAUUAGCAGAGAAGAGACAAAGACACUACCGUGCGCUUCUCGAUGCGGUGGAGGAAUCGGUAGCCAGAAGGUUACGAGAGAGGGAAGCGGAGGUCGAGAAAGCCACGCGCCGGAACGCCGAGUUAGAAGCACGCGCCGCCCAGCUUAGUGUCGAGGCACAGGUCUGGCAAGCAAAAGCCAAGGCACAGGAAGCCACCGCCGUAUCUCUACAGGCACAACUGCAACAAGCGAUGUCCGGUGGUGGAUGCGACGGAGGAGAGGGCGGUACCGCCGGCGUGGAAGGACAAGCCGACGAUGCCGAGUCAGCCCAUAUUGACCCGGAACGAGUUGCGAUUUCGGGACCGAGUUGCAAAGCGUGUAGAAAACGGUUGGCGUCCAUGCUGAUUUUGCCGUGCCGUCAUCUCUGCCUGUGUACAGACUGUGACCAAGUGGCUCAGACUUGCCCGUUAUGUCUUUCCAAACGAAGUUCCAGCGUAGAGGUUUAUCUCUCUUAAGGCCCCCAAACCCACGGCCCAAUGCAGGUUUCUCUAGGCCCACUAACCGGCCCGGACCGAUCACUGGGCGGGUUUUUUUCUUAAAAAAAUUUUUAAAAAUUAAGAAGUAUUUAAGUAAUAAAAGAAUUACAUUUCCUUUUUAUUAUCAUCAUUAUUAUUUGGGCAAAUAGCAAAAACCACCCCCUGAAGUUUUGUGUUAAUUACAAUUAUACUCUUAAAUUUUUCAUUUUAAAAACUGAGUCCUCAAGUUUAAAUGAGUGUUAAAAUUAGGUCAAAUUGGACCUUCAAACUUAUAUAAUUAUAUUCAUUGUAAUAUUUGUAUAAUUUUGACGGUUUAAUUUCAACUAUUUUAACACUUGUAGAAGUUUAUGGGUGUAAUUGUAACUACGAUCGUACUUUAAGGGUGGUUUUUGUAAUUUGUCAUUAUUUUAGAAAUAUUUACAUAGAUCAACCAAGACUUUUUUUUUUUUUUUUUUUUUGAAUGGCCGUGGAAGUAAUGUACAUUGGCCACAUUGUGGAAUUUUUUUUCUUUUAUGGAAUUUCAUUCAUUCAUCUGUCCAA